AUGCGCGCGUGCUCCUCGGGAGCAGCCGCCGCCACUCUCGCGUCGUCAGCGCGAGCCGUCGCGUCGCCAGCGAGUUUCGAGACGUCCCGAACGCCGUCUGCUGCCGCGUCGUCAGCGUCCGCUGUCGCGGCGUCAUGCGCAGGUCCCGCGGGGGCGGCGGCGUGCAGGGAAGCCGUGACGGCCGUGCUGGCGGAUAUGGGGGGCGAGGGGGGAACGGGGAGAACGGAGGGAACGGGGGGAGAGGGGGGGAUGGGGGGUAUGGGGGACGAGGCGGAUGUGAGGGAGGGAGGGGUAGAGGAGGAGGAGGGCAGGAAGCAGAGGGGUGGGAGCUUCGAGGCUGAGGUUGCAGGGGAGGGGAGUGAGGGAGGAGGCAGGGAGACUGAUGGCCAUGGUGACGUGGAGGGUGACUGUGAUGACGUGGAUGUGUUCCGGACGUUUCGAGCAGAGGCAUUGGCAGCAUCAAGAGCACACGCACGACUCGCAGCACAAGCUGCCCGGGCAUACGACAGGGGCGACCAUGCAGCUGCCCGGAAACUUUCUCACGCGUCAAGAGAGGAGAAGGAGCGGGCAGAGAGGCUUCACACGGAAGCUGCUGGGAAGAUUCUGGCGCACAGAAACAGGGGGCGGUCCUUAUGGGAGCUGGAUCUGCACGGGCUUUUACCGGGGGAGGCUGUAUCUGCGCUGGAAGAGAGGUUGAAACAGCUGGAGGGGCAGGUGGGUGUGAGUUUGCAGGAGAGUGUUGCAGCAAGGGAGGCGUUUGGGGAAGAGCAAGUGUGGCGGAGCAGCGGUGCAGCGAGGGAGAUGAGUGCGGAAGAGCGGGUGUGGGGGAGCAGCGGUGUGGUUCUCCCGGCGAAGGUGUUGUCGUCGGCUCGGCCUGAGCUGAUGGUCAUUACUGGCGUAGGGAAGCACAGCAGUGGGGGCCAGCCGAAUCUACCAAUGGUUGUGAAGAAGUUUCUUCAUGAAGCAAGGUAUUCUUACAGAGAUGCAAGGGCGGGUGUGGUCGGGGUGAGGCCCAGGCUUGUCAAGCUCAAAUGA